CUUCCGGGUCUCCAUCUGCCAGGGGUAAUCCGUGCUAUGUAUAUCUUUCUCCGUCAUUAAAAGUGCACCGGUCGUCCGGUCUAUUCCUGUUCCUCUUGAAAGUAUCCACUCAGCCUCCCUUACACGCCUCGAUUUCCACCACUUCCAAUUGCUAGUGCCGUUCACGCUCAUUUCCCGUUUCCUUUCCUUUCCUUCUCUCGCCCCCCGACCGGAUUCCACUGAUCAUUAUUCAAUAUUCUCCUGCCUGACUCCCUCUCCUUCGACUUUACCACGCGCUCCAUUGGAUUGUCGCGGAGAUGGGCCUGCGAUAAUCCCAUUUUCUUACCCGCUGGUCAUUCUGGAGAUACACUGUACCUAUCUGUAAUCGAGACACCCGACCUGCGUUUCCUCCCGGUUCAAUCGUCGCUUCGCUCCACCUCACCCGCUUCGCGUCCCCGGAAUGCUUACCGAUCAUGGAAGCUCUUGUCUAUGAGAACUCGCCCUUGGCUGAAUAUCUCCAAGGGGAGGGUGAGCACGAUGCAAACUGGCCGGUUCAGGAGACCGAGCAUAGCGACGAUUUCUCCGAUUCCACCGCGGCGGAUUUCGCCCCACGAGGGGCUUCAAAGUUCCAGGAGCGCAUUCGGAAUAAACUUUCCAAACCACUUGAUCAGAAGGUCUUGCGACAGAGGGCAACUCUGGGUAAACUCUAUGAUGCCUGCACGUCGGCCUUGAACUCGCGCGUCGGACGAAACGACAACGAGCGAUUCCUUGAACAAUUCGGUUAUGUGAUCGUCGCGUCUCAAUUGUUGAACGAGCACAGUGCGCCUUCCUAUACUUCAGCCGCGGAUGUAUUCUCUACUGCACGACCUGCCGAUCUUCCCUCGAUUUCCGCGACCUUUGGCCUACAAGGGGCCCUUGUGACUGCGUCGACAUCUUUCUCUGUUGCUUGGUUGAUACAAUGGGGCCGUUCAAAACCCGCAUCGGGACUCAGUCCAUGGAAGAUCGGGGUGCUGCUGGUAUUGGUCCCCGUCAUCGGAGUGUUCUAUUUCGCAUUCGCGAAGAGGCAGUGGUUGAAGUAUCUGCGGCACCAAGCUGUAGAUGCAGCGGCGACAUUUAUAGGCAAUGCCCAGGGAUUCGACUCUGCUGCAUCGGCAUCAGUCGUGUUUAUACAGGAAGUCGAGCUGGUCUCGAGAGGCUACCGCAUAAGCACACCUUUGCCACCGAUCAGCAGACUUGAAGACCAGACGCAAAUACGACGAUGCUUGAGACUGCGCCGUACCGUAUCCGAAUCCUUCCACUCUAUGCUAGGUCGAUACCUCCAAGCACAACAGACCUUACAGCCUCUUACCGAUGACGCAAACCUGGCCAAAUAUUACGACAUCUAUGACAUUUCUGAAGAAGAGCUUGUGGAGGCACAGGGAUUAUACCAGGACCGAGCGACCGAGGACCAAUACUCUCUGCGUGCGCUGCGGACGCUAUUCGGAAGACUCUAUGUCGUGAGAAAGAGCAUUCUCUGUUGUCUUCUCGCCCUUGGGGCCGAUGGUGGUGGGUCUGAUAUUGCGAGAUGGACCACUGCUGUCGAACAGAUGCGCGAGCUGGCCAGCGUGACCGGGGAAAAUACCCACAAAAUGACCAGCAUUCUGAACGAAGAAGACACUGAUACUAUUCCUCCUUCUCCUUUACCAACCGCCUCGCCUAACAAGGACAACCUUCGUGCACAGUACCGUCGGAUCAACUCCCUUUCCCAAGGGAUUCGGGCACUGCACGCAAAAAUGCAUAUUCUCAGAGAGGCAUCGAGCGCAAAUCUUGAACGGCCGGACUCAAGCGAGUUUGAGGCAACCCUCGUGCCUCAAUAUGAUUCUAUCGGUGCAGACAUCAAGGGUCUGCUUCAGGAAUGGGAGGCGGGCAAGUCAGCACUGGCAAGUGCACUGGACAGACAACCCAACACAGACUACUCGCGGCCUACGAGUGGUAUCAAAAUCCCUCUGUCACCUACCCCUAGCCUUGGGGGCUCCACGGCUGUUGAAGGGAGCCCGGCAGAUGCACUCAGGGCUUUGAACGGAGAAAGGCCUGAUUCAUUCAUCAUCCACAAUGCAGAUGACGCAGAGGAGAUCUUCGAAGCAAUUGCUCUUCCGCCUCGCAAUAAAAGGGCAUCCAUGACCAGAGAAGAGCGCAUCGCCCGUGUCAAAGAAGACAGGGCACGGCAAGCCGCUCUACGAGAUCGUGCUGAUGCAAACACAAACAUGCUGAAAGAGCUUGAGAUGGUCAUCAAGCAAAGACCUCGCACUAUAACAUUCCUACCAUCAAGCUCAUCUCAAUUAGUCCUUACUCUUACCACACCGCCACUACACAUCAAGAUGUUGGAAGCUCGCCUCGAACAAGCUAGUCUUCUCAAGCGCGUCGUCGACGCGAUCAAGGAUCUCGUGCAGGACUGCAACUUCGAUUGCAAUGACUCCGGAAUCUCUCUACAGGCCAUGGAUAACUCCCAUGUUGCCCUCGUUUCCAUGUUGCUCAAGGCUGAAGGAUUUUCUCCCUACCGCUGCGACCGUAACAUUGCCCUCGGUAUCAACCUGGUUUCCCUGACCAAGGUCCUGCGGGCUGCUCAGAACGAAGAUAUCCUUACCCUCAAGGCCGAGGAUUCCCCCGAUGCCGUCAACCUGAUGUUCGAGAGUGCCGAGACCGACAGACUGAGCGAGUACGAUAUCAAGUUGAUGGACAUCGAUCAAGAACACCUGGCCAUUCCCGAGACAGAGUACGCUGCUACGGUUGAGAUGCCGGCAGCCGAAUUCCAGCGCAUCUGCAGAGACCUGAUGGCUCUUUCCGAGUCCGUCGUUAUCGAGGCCACGAAGGAGGGUGUCAAGUUCUCCUGCCAGGGUGACAUUGGAAGCGGCUCUGUCACUGUCCGUCAACACAGCAACGUCGACAAGCCUGAGCAGAGCGUCUCCAUUGCUCUCAGUGAGCCCGUCGCCCUCACUUUCUCUCUCAAGUAUCUCGUCAACUUCUGCAAGGCUACCAACUUGUCCAACAAGGUGACUCUGUGCUUGUCCCAGGAGGUACCCCUCCUCGUCGAGUAUGGUCUGGGAAGCGGCCAUCUCAGAUUUUACCUUGCUCCUAAGAUUGGUGACGAGGAGUAGACUAAUGAUUGCGAAGAGCAACGAAUGCCAUCAUGAUAAAAGAGGGAGCAACAGGGAGGCCACGAUUUCCAUUUCUAUUUCGUUUCCAUUGACACACCGCAACACCAGAAAAAUAUCCCUUGAUUGUGUGUACGGGGGUCAAGGUUCACUUCGAUUAUAAUAUCCUGUUAGAUAUCAAGCGUUUCAAUUGUUCAAAAUUCAAUUGGUUUAUAAGGGAAAUUGAGUAUUCUGGUAAUUGGACACUUUAAGAUGCCGAUUCUACAUUGUUGUUUUAAAAGCCGGAAAAGCUGCGUUGAG